UGUCCUUCCCUAAAUCUGCCAGUCAGCCCUUCCCCAGCCUGAGGCAGCCGCCCCAGACAGAGGAAGAGUAACUCUGGAAACGGUGUUAUCAGCAUCCUCCGUGGACUUCCUCACCUCCUCUCCAGCCCCAUUAGCCCCAAGCUCCUAGCAUCCUCAAACAGAAAUUGGGGAAGCUGAGAUGGGGUCAUCGCCCCAGACCCAGCCCCCUCUCUUUUGCCAAGCCCUAGCCCUGCGCAGCUCUGAGUGAGCAGCUGAAGGCUGCGGGCGGGAAUCUGGAGCAGGAGAUGGAGCCUCAGCUGGGGCCCAAGGCUGUCGGCCUCUGCCCAGGCCGCCUAGUGCUGCUGCUGUGGGUCUCAGCCCUGAGCUGUUCUCUUUCCUCGCUGGCUUCUCCCUCUCCUUCUCUGGUGCCCCGAAGCAGAACCAGCUACAGUUUUGGAAGGACUUUCCUCGGUCUUGAUAAAUGCAAUGCCUGCAUCGGGACAUCAAUUUGCAAGAAGUUCUUUAAAGAAGAAAUAAGGUUUGACAGCUGGCUGGCCUCCCCCCUUGGACUGCCUCCUGACUACCUGCCUUCUUACCCUGCAAAUUACUCGGAUGAUUCCAAAACCUGGCGCCCCGUGGAGGUCUCCAGGCUGGCCAGCAAACAGCAGAGUGACAUCUCGGACAGGAGAAUCUGUGCCUCUGCGGCAGCCCCAGAAACCUGCAGCAUCGAGCGCAUCCUGCGGAAAACCAGGAGGUUCCAGAAAUGGCUGCAGGCCAAGCGUCUCACACCGGAUCUGGUGCAGGGCCUGCCCAGCCCCUUCCUGCGCUGCCCGUCGCAGCGACUCCUGGACCGCGUGGUCCGGCGCUACGCCGAGGUGGCCGACGCUGGCAGCAUCUUCAUGGACCACUUCACUGACCGCGACAAGCUGCGUCUGCUCUAUACCCUCGCUGUCAAUGCUCAUCCCAUCCUCCUGCAGAUCUUCCCGGGCGCUGAGGGCUGGCCGCUUCCCAAGUACUUGGGCUCCUGCGGCCGAUUCGCGGUCAGCACCAGCACCAGCCCGCUGCGCGACUUCUAUGGCGCCGCCCCGGAACAGGCGGCAGACCUGGCCUUCCAGCUCCUCGCCGUCCUGGAGUCCCUGAGGAGCAACGACCUGAACUACUUCUUGUACUUCACCCACGUCGACGCGGGCACGUUUGGCAUCUUUAACAACGGGCAUCUGUUCAUCCGGGAUGCCAGCGCCUUGGGCGUCAUCGACAAGCAGGAAGGCAGCCCGGCAGCCACUGGGGCGGUAGGAGAGAGUAGAGACAUCUUUAGCUGCCUGCUUUCCGGCUGCCAGGUUAAGCUGCCCUCCUGCUACACCAUCCCAGAGAAGCAGAGCCUGGUGCUUGUGUGUCGGCAGCUACUACCUCCGCUCCUCCAGGGGAAGUUCCCCUCCCCAGUGCAAGAGGAGAUAGACACCGCACUCAGCCAGUGUGGGGAGGACUCCCUCCCGGACCCUGAAGUCCUUGGGGCCGCCAGCCGGCUGAAGGACAUCUUGAGACCCCUGAGAACCUGUGACCCCAGAUUUGCCUACCGUUACCCAGACUGCAAAUAUAACGAUAAGUUCUGAGGGGCUGGAGCCUUGCCGGCCUUGGGGGACAACAUUCCUGGCCCUCCCUUGCCCAGGAGGGUAGCUGCAGGGUUGAAAGAAGCAGCUGCAUCCUGGGACAUUUGGAGAGAUGGGCUUCAUUUUCCAGGGAGAGAGGAGCACUCUGACAACCAGAGGGGAGUCGUGCUGCAGGGCGCUGUUGCCCCUCUUGGCUACAGCGUCACAGAGAAGCCUGGGGCUGGGUGGCAGAAAACUGGACCACGACCGCAGACACUCACCGGACCUUGCUGAGCCCUGGUGUCCUCUGUUCUCCGGCAGACUCUCGAAUUAGUGAAAGAAGACAGGGAUGUGAAGGGCCAGGGACAUGUAUAAGAGGUUAUAAAGAGUGUUCCAGAAGCGCGUGCAGGCAUGACACAUAGGACAGAGCCGUGGAGGUAGAGGUUGACAUAGAGGGAAGGCAGGGGGAAGGUGAGGCCCCUGGCCAGGAUCGUGUCAGACUUAAACAAGAAGCGCCCCCUCCCUGCUCCCCGUGCCUUCGCACUAGCCCUUCUGCCACACUUCCCACACUGCCACAGAGUGUGGGGACUGCAGGCUGAGGAAACACAUGGACAGGGCCACAUUCUGGGUGCCUAGGGCCCUGUGUGCUCCUGUGAGGCACCUCGUGAUGUGGGAAGGAGCCCCGGGUGAGGAGAGAUGAGCUGUGGGCUAUGGGCCAAUGUGUUCUUCCGGGGCCUCUGAGAAGCAGGUGUCAAGACAAUGGCAAGACAGUGAAGGAUCCUACAGGAUCACCGCACAGAAGGGAAGAAGGAGGUAUUGCCGAUCUGAGCCCAAGUGAGGGAGAGAAGGUCAGAGGGGGCCUUCUAUGACUUACAUCGGUGCUAUCUGAAGGAAGGUUCCACAAGGCCCUGCUGCACUCCGUUGCUGGCAGGGAACAGCCCGUAGGAAGCGUGGCCUUGGCCUCACCGCAAAGACAGAGUUCAGAGUGCACCAUAGGGCCCGCAACCUGCUCUGCUCCCUGGAGCACGAGGCCUGAGCAGGACACAGCAGCCACAGCUGGGGCCCCAGGCCAGCUCUGUUCUCACCACGGCCUCCAGUGUAGCAGUUGAAGGAGUCUGAGAAUUUUCACUCAAACUUGGCCUUACGAGUCAUUGCAACAACAUUUUUUCAAGGCCAGCCAACAGAACGUAUUUUAUUCAACAGUUUGUUAGUUUCCUUUAUACCUUUGAAAUAUUUAGUUACAUGGUAUGUGGGCCUCCAUGUGGAUUCUUGCCCUGGCCCCUUAAGCCCUAGUGGGGGCUCUCUGGACCUUUUUCCAGUCUCCCUGUCAGCCUCCUCUCUUCCCCUCUGAAUUGGCACCUUUAGGUCAGAAUGCCGGAUUUAAUAGCUCUCGUAUUACAGAUGGGGAAACUGAGGCCCGGGAGGAAGAGCAACCUGCUGAGAUAGUCCUUGCUCCUCUUGCCUUCCUCUUUGUCUUCAUUCAUACCCUGCUGAUACCCUGUCCUACCCAGUUUGGGUCCCUUCAUUCACGUUUAAACAUGGGCCAAGAAAAGUCCUAUCUCAUUGUCCACUAGGUUGCUUGUCUUGGGGGGUUUGUUGACGGCUCCAGGCACUAACUCCCAGGGCAACUACGAUAGCAAGGAUGGCAGGCCAAGCUUCUGAAAGGGCAGGCCUGGGCUGCCUGACAGUCUGAGAUAGUUGCCUUCUGGCUCGGUUUGGAGGGGCGAGGACUGACCACCUUUCCUAACACCUGUCUUUCCGCCCAGUGAAUCUGGCUUGUGACUUCUGGCAUCCAGAAGCACAAGAUGAAAGUUUUCUGUUGGUUGAUGCCACCCAUUUUGUUGUAAUAUGUUAAGGCAGCCACAGGAAACUGAGACACACCCCAAACCCCCGUCUUAUUUUCUGCUUGGAGAGAAUGCAACUUGCAGUAUUCACCAAGCUGGUCUAUAGGGAUGGGUUCAAAGUCCCGGCCCGGCCCGACCAUGAGGGAGUGUGCUAUGCCAUCUGUUCCCGGGCUGAGACUCAGAUGGUUCCAUUUCUGCACUUACUAAGUGCCACGUGUCAUCUUAGACCCUGUCUGAGUCUUACCUUGACCCAGAGCUUUUCCUGACAGCCCGGCCCCCAGGGAGCUCUUUCUGAAUCCCCUCUCUGUCCCCCUGAGGCAUGGGUCUCAUUGAUGAGAGGCCCAUUCAAAUGAGGCCCAUUUGAAUCUCCUGCAAAGGAUAUUCCCGAGGCGUCUCAUGCUCCCACCCUGCUGAGAGCAGCCUCCAGAGGGCAGUAGUGAGCACCCUUUGUGUUCUCCACAGCAAGACUUGGAGCAGGAGCUCCUGAGGGUGGAGCCUUCAUGGACUGGAUUAGCGCCCUUCUAAAAGAGACCCUAGAGAGUCCCCUUGCCCCUCCUGCCACAUGAGCAUGCAGGGAUGAGAUGGCCAUCUAUGGCCAUCUCUCCAGACACCAAACCUGCUGGUCCCUUCAUGUCAGACUUCUCAGUCCCCCAGAACCAUGCGAAAGAAGUGUCUGUUGCUUGCCAGCCCCCAGGUCUGUGGUAUUUAGUUACAGCUGUUCAAACAGACUGAGACGUGCUGCUGGGCACAUGCGGCACGAAGCAGCUUCCUCCAGAGUUUUGCUAGCUACUGCCUCUUCCGCCUGCAGGACCAACUCCCUAAUUUGUGGGGCCUCCUGUUAUUGGGAUUGGCCAGACAAUAGAGCAUGAAACUGAGUGCGGACUCCAUGAGACUGAGGAGCUUGCAUGUCCAUGAACCUGGCCCUGGGUGCCUGAGAACACUAACUCUUCACUUGGUGGAGAAUGUUCCUGGGGUUCACUGGCAUCUCCUUUGACCUCACCACCAAGGGGACUAGGUGUGAGACCAGAGGCAAUACACACAAAAAACUGGACAACUACCAUGGCAAAGGAACUGAUCUAUGAGAACACACGCCACCCACCGCAGCCACGACUUCGUGGGAGGAACCACAGCCUGGCGGUCAAGUCCGACUCUUCACAGGAGGAAACCUGUUCAAGUGUUCGCUCAAAGUGACCAUUUUUUGGUCUCCUGCUUUCCACUCCUCCCCUGUAGCAUCUGACUUCUGCCGGCCAGUGAUUCCGUGAGCCUGAAUGUUUCCUCUAGGGUUAAAAAAGAAAUCAUUUGCUAAAGAAAUG